UCCAGCGGAGCUUUUCUCGCCGCACCACCAACUUGUCACCAAAGAUGGCGAUUUGCUGAGUGCUCAUGGAUACACACAUUUUUCAGCUUGUCGUUAUCUUACCAGAAACGCCAACUUUAGAAACAAAUUAACUACUUAGCGAGCAACUAUUUCUCCGUUUGAAGCACAUCUGACACAACGUCAACCACCGCCACCAUGCAGAUCACGCUUAAAACCCUGCAACAGCAGACCAUUCAGAUUGAGAUAGACCCCGUACAAACGGUGAAGGCAUUGAAAGAGAAGAUAGAAGCAGAAAGAGGAAAAGACAACUUUCCUGUAUCUGGGCAGAAGCUGAUAUACGCUGGAAAAAUCCUGCAAGAUGACACACCUAUUAAGGAUUACAACAUUGAUGAAAAGAAUUUUGUUGUAGUGAUGGUUUCCAAGGCUAAAUCCGCAGCUGCCGCCUCACCCCCGGUCUCAGACGCCCCCAAGCCCCCUGUACAGGACUCAGGCUCCACGUCAACAGCUGUCCAAGCCACAACCCCAGCAUCAGCCCCAGUCCCAACCCCAGCAGCUGUCCCCAUUCCCUCCGAGGAGGUCAAAGAGGAGCCAAGUGCCGCAGCCACAGAACCACAACAGCCAGCCAGCUCCAGCAGCGGGGGUCAGGGCUUGGAUGCCUCCUCAGCGCUGGUGACUGGUGCAGAGUACGAGGCCAUGCUCACAGAGAUCAUGUCUAUGGGCUACGAAAGGGAGAGAGUGGUGGCUGCGCUACGGGCCAGUUUCAACAACCCCCACAGAGCUGUGGAGUACCUUCUCACUGGUAUCCCCAGCAGCCCAGUCCAGGAGAGUAAUCCCCCAGCGCAGGCCCCCGUGUCUGGACCCACAGAAGCCCCAUCUCUAUCAGAGGGAGAGAACCCACUUGCAUUCCUGCGGACCCAGCCCCAGUUUUUGCACAUGAGACAGGCCAUCCAGCAGAACCCUGCUCUGCUACCAGCUCUUCUCCAACAACUAGGCAGAGAGAAUCCUCAACUUCUACAGCAAAUCAGUCAGCAUCAGGAGCUGUUCAUCCAGAUGUUGAAUGAGCCAGUGGGAGAGGGGGGAGAGGCGCCAGAAGUUGGAGAGCUGGGGGCAGCAGGGGAGGAGGGCGCACCUGUCAACUAUAUCCAGGUUACACCUCAGGAGAAGGAAGCCAUCGAAAGGUUGAAAGCGCUGGGCUUCCCCGAGGCUCUGGUGAUCCAGGCCUACUUUGCCUGCGAGAAGAACGAGAACCUGGCGGCCAACUUUCUCCUCAACCAGGGACUGGAAGAUGACUGAGCAGCGCUGCCUUCCUGCUCCUCCCACCCACCCAACCACCCAACCACCCACCCACCCUUCCCCUCUUCAGCUCAGCAUAAAAAGACUGCACCCCCAAUUUUACUGUACAGCUACCAACCUCAGCUCAACCCAACCGGAGAGGAGAGGGCAGAGCCAGCAGGGUGGGAGGAG